AUGUACGCCAGCACCUGCUCCGCGGCCGACGAGCGCAUGUACUGCCCGGAGUGCCGCCGCGCGACGGAGGUUGUCCUGGACCACGGCACCGGCGACACCAUCUGCACCGAGUGCGCGCUCGUCCUCGACGCGCACUACAUCGACGAGGGUUCCGAGUGGCGCAACUUCGCCGACGACGGCGGCGGCGAGGACCGCGACCCCAACCGCGUCGGCGCCUCCGGCGACCCCUUCCUCGCCGCCAAGCUCUCCACCGUCAUCGACUACACCAACAAGCCCAAGAAGUCCUCCGCCACCGGCGUGGCGACAAAGGCCCCGCCCAGGAUGUCGGUGCCGGACGCGGGGGCGGCCUCCGAAAACACCCUCGUCGACGGCUUCCGCGGAAUCUCUGACAUGGCCGACCGGCUCGGCCUCGUGGCCACCAUCCGGGACCUGGCCAAGGAGACGUUCAAGAAGCUGGACGAGGCCAAGGGCUGCCCGCGCGGCCGGAAGCGGGACUCCGUCUACGCCGCCUGCCUCUACAUCGCCUGCCGCAACCUCGGCAUGCCGCGCACGUACAAGGAGCUCGCCUCCGUCACCGCCGGGGGCGUGGCUGCCAAGAAGGACGUCGGCAAGAUGACGACGCACAUCAAGAAGCUCCUCGGGGAGGAGGACGGCCAGGUGAUGGACAUCGGCGUCGUCAGCGCCUCCGACUACCUGCGCCGCUUCUGCUCCCGGCUUGGCCUGGGCAACCAGGAGGUGCGCGACGCGCAGGAGGCCGUGCGGAGGGUCGAGGAAGGGCUCGACGUGCGCCGCAACCCGGAGUCCGUCGCCGCCGCCAUCAUCUACAUGGUCGUGCAGCGUGCCGGCGCCAGCAGGUCCGCCAAGGACGUGUCCGUCGCCACCGGCGUGGCCGAGGGCACCAUCAAGGAGGUGCACAAGGACCUCGCCCCACACGCACAGAUGCUCUUCGGCUGAGCCUGAGCGCCCACGACAUUAACGCUUCUUGAUCCUUUGGCUGUUUGGCAGGUCUGCAUGCAUGCAUGUUUGCCAUGUCCACAAUUCCAAACGCGUGCUGUUCUUGGCAACUAUCUUAGUCUUGGGCAUGUGAAG